CGAGUGUGGCAGCGACCAGACGAGGAGGAGGAGGCGAGGCAUCUGGUCGGGGAGGUGGUAGAGAGGGAGCUAGGCAGGUGUUCCUUAGUCGUAUUACAUGAUUCACACCCUGUGCUCACUCCCUUACCACCGCCCCUCCGCCACCACUCUCUGGGCCUCUCACUCGUUCACCUCCUCACCCUCGACCCUCCAACUGUGUUUGAACUCAAGAGUAACGUGCAGGUCAACGAUACGAGGGUGUGCCGUGGCGUGGUGGUGGUGGCGCGGGGCAGGACGUGGCGUAGGUUGCAGGACAGGGUAGCAGGAAGGGCAGCGGCGUGGGCAGGCUACGCUAACACCUUCAUCCUGCUUAUGUCUGACGAAGGCUACGACGGAGUGGAUAGUCCAGGAAUCACCUCCAUCCUUCUCCACCCAGAUUUCAGGUUUGGCGUACAUGUGGUGGGUGCCGAGAGAGACGGUGAGAGGAACUGGUCCUUAUAUGGCACUAAAUUAUGCUCUGGGUCGUCUAGGCACUCUGUCAUAUACCUGGACACCUGGCACUAUUCUUCUGGCUUCAGGCAGGAGGUAACACUCUUCCGUCAGGACAUGAACGACCUGCAGGGGUACGACUUCGCUGUGGCGGCUCUUCCUUACUCCCCCUUCAUCAUGACCAACGACCCUUCCUUACCAGGACCCGGCACGUACCGGGGCCUGGAGGUGUUCCUGCUAGACACUCUGGCUGAGGCGAUCAACUUUACCUACCAUUACGUGGCCCCUAAAGACAAUCAGUGGGGGAGGCUGACGAAGAACGGUACUUGGACAGGUAUGAUAGGUAUGGUUGUGUACGAAGAGGCUGACUGGGCGGUGAGUGACAUUACCUUUAGUCCACAGCGGGAAGCUAACGUCGACUUCUGCCAGACUUUUAUUUACGACGCUUCUGAACUGGUCACUCCUAAGGCUCAGCCCCUACCUAGAUGGCUCAGUCCCGUCAGGCCCUUCACGUGGGAGGUGUGGCUGGCAGUGGUAGCGUCCAUGGUGCUGGCUGGGCCCUUCCUGUGGGGUCUGGCCAAGUACUGUCACGGGGCCCACCGUCCUCACGUCGCCUGGUUCCUGCAGUUUGAUAAUGCUCUUCUGUUUAUACUUGAGCCAUUGUUCCAGCGCGGCACCAAGUAUGACAUCAGGGAGACGCCAGGACGAGUGUUUGUCGGGUGUUGGCUGGUGUUCACUAUGAUCGUGGGGAUCUCCUACUCCUCCUCCCUCACCUCCUUCCUUAUCAUGCCAGGCCUCCAGAGUCCUAUUCAGGAUCUCCGCCAACUGGUCACCUCCGACAUUGGCUGGGCUAAGGUAUACUUCGGCGGGGUACAAAGCGCCCUCCUAGAACAAGCACAGGAUCCAGUGUUAAUCGCGCUGAGGGAAGGAGUCCAGUGGCGGGACUCCCUUGAGGGUAUACUGAAGGACGUGGUGAAGGGGACACUAGCCACCUGGGACAACAGCAUCACGACGAGGCUCCUGGUGGCUGUUAAAUACACGGAUAGAAAUGGCCAGCCUCUCGUUCACCUGCCGGGGUUCGAACUUCUGCAGGAGAGGAUCGCUUGGCCCAUGCAGCAGUACGCGCCAUACAAGAGGAGCUUCGACAAGUACAUCAACAGGGUGGUUCAGGCCGGCAUAGUGGAGGAGUGGUUACAGGAGAUCAUCUUCCAGGAGCAGAGUCUGUUGAGGAAGGAGAGGAUGGAGACUAGCGGUGUUGGAGAUAGUGUUGGAGGAGGCAGUACUGAGGGAGGAGGUCAGGUGAUACUCUCCCUCGAACACUUCCAGGGACCUUUUUACGUUCUCCUGUUGGGGUUCCUCGCUGGCGCCCUCGUUCUGGUCCUAGAGUUAGGUACUUAUGCCCUUCUUGGUGGUGGUGGUGGUUUAUGGCGUCCAGGGUAUAAACGAUCGUAGUCAGUGUGGUCAAUAAGGAGGAAGAACGUUCGCUUGUGAUUCUUCUAGUGGUUAUUUUUUAGUUAUGUUAUUUUUUUGUUAUUUGUUUACACUUUAACGUCAUCUUCAAUAUAAAAAAAAUCUAAUGCCCAUCUUAUAAACGAUCAACGCCAGUGCAGGCAGAAGACAGGAGAACUUUGGCUUGAGGUCCUUCCAGAGCUCAUUUUUAAGUCCUGUUGGAGCUUCUAGCCUUUGAGAUCUUCGAUAGCUUCUUCUUCAGUACUUAAUUCUGACGUCCAUGACAUAGAUCGAUCGCCAGUGCGGGCAGAAUGCGGAUAAACGUUCGUGUAGUGUUGUCUCAGGGUUGUUCAUCAGUCUUCCAUUUAAAGCUGCUGACCGUAACUAAAAACAAGAACAAAUGAUCUAAAUAAUUAACGUGUUUACAUUCUUUUAUUUCAAUCAUUUCGACACUGAACAAAAUGUCUUCCAAAUUUUUUUUUAUUAACAAUAUUCCAGUAUCAAUAGUUCUAUAUAUAUAUAAUUACUUACCGAUGUUAUUAGUUAAUGAAAUAUAGAUUAAUUGAGUGAAGAAAGGAUAAGGGAAAGAUAAGAGGUAAGGUGAGAUAAGGUAAGGUAAGGUACUCAUUCUUUACUGCAUGUGUACAAAAAAUUCGUUCUGGUAUGUUUGGGAAAAUAUUAUCACAAUGUUUAAUUAAUUAGCAGGAUAUAAAAAGAUU